GGUUGACUGACGUUGUUGGGACAAAAUCGGGGGAAGCAGUUGGGGGACAGGUGGCCAAUCUAACCUCACUCCUGCUUUCAGAGUAUGAGAUAGAGAGGUCAUUCUUUCUGCGGAUGAAGUGUGUCUUGGCGAAAAGAAACGCGGGCCUGACAUGCAGCGGAUACAAGGUCAUCCACUGCAGUGGCUACUUGAAGAUCAGGCAGUAUAUGCUGGACAUGUCCCUGUAUGACUCGUGCUACCAGAUCGUGGGGCUGGUGGCCGUGGGCCAGUCGCUGCCGCCCAGUGCCAUCACAGAGAUCAAGCUGCAUAGUAACAUGUUCAUGUUCAGGGCCAGCCUCGACCUGAAGCUGAUCUUCCUGGAUUCCAGGGUGACCGAGCUGACCGGGUAUGAGCCACAGGACCUGAUCGAGAAGACCCUCUACCAUCACGUGCACGGCUGUGACGUCUUCCACCUCCGCUACGCACACCACCUCCUGCUGGUGAAGGGCCAGGUCACCACCAAGUACUACCGGCUGCUGUCCAAGCUGGGUGGCUGGGUGUGGGUGCAGAGCUACGCCACUGUCGUGCACAACAGCCGCUCGUCCCGGCCACACUGCAUCGUGAGUGUCAAUUAUGUCCUCACGGAUAUCGAAUACAAGGAACUGCAGUUGUCCCUGGACCAGGUGUCUACGUCCAAGUGCCAGGACUCCUGGAGGACUGCCUUGUCUACCUCACAAGAAACUAGGAAAUUAGCUAAACCCAAAAAUACGAAGAUGAAGACAAAGCUGAGAACAAACCCUUACCCCCUACAGCAAUACAGCUCGUUCCAAAUGGACAAACUGGAAUGCAGCCAGCUGGGAAACUGGAGAGCCAGCCCCCCGGCGAACGCCCCGGCGCCCCCAGAACAGCAGCUCCAUUCAGAAAGCAGCGACCUUUUGUACGCCCCGUCCUACAGCCUGCCCUUCUCCUACCAUUAUGGACACUUCCCUCUGGACUCUCACGUCUUCAGCAGCAAAAAGCCAAUGUUGCCGGCCAAAUUCGGGCAGCCCCAAGGAUCCCCGUGUGAGGUGGCACGCUUUUUCCUGAGCACCCUGCCAGCCAGUGGUGAAUGCCAGUGGCAUUACGCCAACCCCCUAGUGCCUAGCAGCCCGUCUCCAGCUAAAAACCUCUCCGAGCCACCGGUGAACACUGCUCGGCACGGCCUCGUGCCAAACUAUGAAGGUGGGUCUGUUCGCACGAGGGGAGGGGGCAGGACUGUGAACAGCAGCGGUGGUGGCGGUGGGUGGCAGAUGGAAAGCUGA